CUUCAACAAGAUAAACAAAUUGCAAACGGAGAAGUGGUUUCCGCAUUACCGCAAGGGUUUUUAAUUUGCCCGUAAUGACGUUGGAAGUCUCGAGUGAUGCAUUUUCCUGCUAUGGAACGGCGCAAAAGCGAUCACGGACUGACAGUGCCGAAUGAUAUAGGAGCGAAUUGACAGCGGCGCGUCGCCACCAUGUUCAAGCUAAAGGAGUUGGCCCGAUGGCUGGGCAUGACGGUGUUCGAGAUGUUCGUGCACCUCAUCUCCAUCACCCUGUUCUCCGUCAUGGUCGUGCUCAAGCUGGACAAGGCGUUCGACGUGUCCUGGUGGACGGUGUUUGUGUCGCUGUUCAUCUGCGACGGCUUGAACGCUUAUUUCUGCGUCAUCGUCUUCAUACGUCAGUACAUCGAAGGCGUGUACAAGGCGGGCGCCUUUCGCGCGGUGUGGAGCUUUAUGCAACUUCUGCUGAUGUUUCUCUUCAAGUUACUGCUGUGCCUCAAGGCCGAAGGACAAAAGAGUAGCCUCGUCUACUCGGAGGUGUUUGCGCCGCUCUUUAUUCUCCUCAUGCUUGUCAUGGUGCGCGCCUGUCAUCUGCACUGACGCGCGUUAGGCUUUUUGAGUGACGUCGCUUGGGAGGACGCGAGCCAACUCCACUGCUGUUGUCUCGCUGUACAAAGCGCUGAGGAACGUUCCUGAAGUCUUGUUUACACAAGUUAUUUAUUUCUCGUUGCGAUGUUUUAACAUUUAAGAGUCUUGUGAAUCAGGCGGAAUGAUAUCGUCGUGAGAAUAGCCAUUUCCUCAACUGUAGUGCCUACUUACGAGGGUAAUAGUUAAGGUGCUGUUACAAGCACGGCCACAUUUCAAGGCUGUAGUUUUCCACAUAUCUGCUAGUCUGCUGGCAGUUUUUUUUGUUUGCUCGUUUCUUUGGUUAGUGAUUUGAGUGUUGUGCGUACCUUUCAUACAGUAACUUUGCGAGUCGUUUUAUUGCGUUGAAACUCUAUGGAUUUCUGUCUUGACGCUGUUAUUAGAUUAAGAAGCUUGCGAAAAGGUCCGAAGCUUUUAUACUUUUGGCCAAGGUCUGCGUCUAAUAAAUGCAAUUUCUACAAUUUUUAAA